GCCACCUGCAGGAAUAUUCUACUACUGCUGCUGCGUGUUGUCUUUCGGCUCCACUGCGGCUCUCCUCUCGUGCCUGUUUCGCCCCUCGUCGACCUCCCUCCCGUGGUGACAGUCAACGCACAUAAACCAGCACCACCGCUGCCGAGCGGGCUUCACGCGCAGACGGGAGCCACACACGCACGUCGCGCCUCCGCGGCUCGUCGUCGGCUCCACCGCAGCCGGUGCGGUAACACAGACUCGGGGCUUUAUUCGUUUGUUUAUUUAUUUAUUCUCCCACCUCCCCAGCAGCGCGCGGAGGCGGAAUGGCUUGAGAAGAGAAAACGCUCACUCGUUUUUCUUCAGCCGGUGCGCGAUGGAUUUUUGACAGUCUGCGCGUGUGUCUGCUGCGUGCGUGCGUGCGCGCGCGUGUGUGCGUGCGUGUGUGUGUGCGUGUGUGUGUGUGUGUGUGCGUGUGUGUGUGCGUGUGUGUGUGUGUGUGUCAGAGAGACAGAGACAGUCCGUCCGUCUCGGUGCGAAUUGCUGCAGUGCUGUUUUUCCAGGUGUUGUGGCGCGCGUGUGUAUGUGUGAGUGAAUGACUGUGUGUGUGCAUGUGCGUGUGAACGUGUAUGCAUGGUAUGGUGGCGUUGUAGCCCGGCGUGUUCUCCUACGAAUUGGACCAAGCCGGGUAACGGAGUCUGAUGUCACAUGUGCUUCAUCGGAGGAGACGGGGCAUCUGCAAGCUGGAUUUUGUGGAGGAUGCUGCGGCAAGUGAUACACAGAGGGCUGAAGGCUUCUUUCUACUGGCUGGGCUUAUUCGUUAGCAGGCACCCCGUUUUCUUCCUCACUGUUCCCGCGGUCCUCACUAUCAUUUUUGGUUCUACGGUGCUGAGUCGAUUCAAGGCGGAGACGGACCUGGAGGUGCUGGUCGCCCCGACUCACAGCCUCGCUAAGAUCGAGCGGAGUCUCGCCAACAGCCUGUUCCCCAUCGACCAGUCGAAGCACAAGCUUUACUCGGAUUUACACACCCCGGGCAGAUAUGGCAGGCUGAUCCUGCUCGCCAAGUCCGGGGGAAACAUCCUGGAGCUGGCCGAUCAGGUCCUGCGGGUCCACAAGCAGGUGCUGGAUUUGCGUGUAAAUUACAAGGGAUUCAAUUAUACGUUCGCGCACCUCUGCGUCUUGAGCCACAGGGACAAGCGCUGCCUCCUGGAUGAUAUCAUCACCAUCUUCGAAGACAUCAGACAAGCAGUGCUUUCGAACAGCACUUUCCACAAGGUGCCCGUGAGCUACCCCAACACCACAUUGAAGGAUGGCCGUGUGUCCUUCAUCGGGCAUCAGCUGGGCGGCGUCUCCUUCCUGCCCAACAGCAGAGACCAGCAGGUCAAGUUUGCGCGUGCUGUCCAGAUCACCUACUACCUCCGUAACCAUGGCCCUGUGGUGCAGGACGUCAUCGCAGAGCGCUGGGAGAACGAGUUCUGCUCCCUGGUCAGCCGGUUGUCCACUGCAGAGGCACCUCACCCGACCGAUCAGCUCCACAUCCAGUCACUCACCUCCUUCAGCCUGUGGCGGGACUUCCACCAAACGGGUGUGCUGGCCAAGGGGGAGGUGUUGGUCAGCCUGGUGCUGGUGCUCCUGGCUGCUACCAUAUCAAGCUCAAUGCGGGAUUGCCUCAGAGGAAAGCCGUUCCUGGGCCUCCUGGGCGUCCUUACUAUCUGCAUUGCAAAUGUGACGGCCGCAGGGAUCUUCUUUAUAUCAGAUGGGAAAUUCAACUCGACGCUGCUGGGGAUCCCAUUCUUUGCCAUGGGUCAUGGGAGCAAAGGGGUGUUUGAGCUGCUUGCCGGCUGGAGAAGAACAAGGGAAAACCUCCCUUUCAAGGAGCGGGUGGCAGACGCUUAUGCUGAUGUGAUGGUGUGCUACACCAUGACCAGCUCACUUUACAUCAUCACCUUUGGCAUGGGAGCUAGCCCUUUUACCAACAUCGAGUCAGUGAAGAUUUUCUGCCAGAGCAUGUGUGUUGCAAUUCUGGUGAACUACUUUUACGUUUUCUCCUUCUAUGGCUCCUGCCUAGUAUUUGCUGGGCAGCUGGAGCAGAACCGCUACCACAGUGUUUUCUGUUGUAAAAUCCCCUCAGUGGAGUAUCUGGACCGCCAGCCUACAUGGUUCAAAACUAUGAUGAGUGAUGGCCACGACCUGUCCACACAUCAUGACAGUGUUCCUUACCAGAAUCACUUUAUCCAGCACUUCCUGCGAGAGCACUACACAGAAUGGAUCACCAAUACUUAUGUCAAACCCUUUGUGGUCAUUCUGUAUCUCAUCUAUGCCUCUUUCUCAUUCAUGGGAUGUUUACAAAUCAGCGAUGGAUCAAAUAUUGUGAACCUGUUGGCUAGUAACUCACCAAGUGUUUCAUAUGCUCUGACCCAGCAGAAGUAUUUUAGUAACUACAGUCCAGUGAUCGGGUUUUACAUUUAUGAGCCCAUUGAGUACUGGAACUCCACGGUGCAGGAGCACCUAAAGACUCUAAGUCAUGGCUUCAACAAAAUUUCAUGGAUGGACAACUUUUUCCAUUACCUUCGGGUAGUGAAUGUGAGUGCAUCUACUAAGAGUGACUUCAUCAACAUCCUUAAGGGAUCUUUCCUAAACAGUCCAGAGUACCAGCACUUCACCGAGGACAUCAUUUUCUCCAAGAACCGUGAGACUGAUGAGUACGACAUCAUAGCCUCGCGGAUGUACUUGGUGGCACGAACUACAGAGAAGAAGCGCGAAGAAGUGGUGGAGCUCCUAGAAAAACUUCGGCCCUUGAUGCUAAUCAACAGCAUCAAAUUCAUUGCCUUCAAUCCCACAUUUGUGUUUAUGGACCGCUACAGCUCCUCCGUCAUCUCGCCUAUUCUGACCUCAGGCUUCAGUGUGCUCACUAUCCUCAUCCUCACUUUCUUCCUAGUCAUUAACCCCUUGGGAAACUUCUGGCUCAUCCUUACAGUUACAUCUGUGGAGCUAGGUGUUUUGGGGUUGAUGACCCUUUGGAACGUUGGCAUGGACAGCAUCUCAAUCCUGUGCCUUAUUUAUACCCUCAACUUUGCUAUGGAUCACUGUGCACCACACCUGUACACUUUUGUGCUAGCCACUGAGCACACUCGGACACAGUGCAUCAAGCUGGCACUGGAGGAGCAUGGGGCUGCCAUCCUGCAGAACACCUCCUGCUUUGUGAUUGGGAUCAUGCCCCUUGUGUUUGUGCCUUCCAAUCUGACCUACACACUGUUUAAGUGCUCCCUCCUCACUGCAGGCUGCACCAUACUGCACUGCUUUGUCAUCCUACCUGUCUUCCUGACCUUCUUUCCACCGUCCAAAAAGAGACACAAGAAAAAGAAGCGAGCCAAGCGGAAAGAGCGGGAGAGGGAACGGGAACGAGAGAGGGAAAGAGAACGAGAGGAAAUAGAGUGCAUCGAAGUCAGGGAGAAUACCGAUCAUGUAACAAAUGUCUAAGUAGUUUGUAAUAUUACUGUGCAUAUCAGUAGAUAUCCAUCAGUUAUUGAUGGUUGAGAGGUGUUUUUCAAUGUUGAGGUGCCUCUAUAUGUGCAGGGAAAGGAAGACCAUUAUGAUUCUGCACUUAUCACUUACAACCAAUAGCAGCCAAGCUGGGCAGAGCAGAGUGCAGUCUCACUGGUCGGUCAUUUAGUCUUUGACUCUGUACAGUAUAUCUCAUUUGCACAAACUGCAAUAUGCUAAUGGUUUUGAAGCUCUCUCCAAACUAUUACAGUAUAAGACAAGUUAGAUGCCAAAACAUAUGCUUGCUAAGAACACUUUAAUAACAUACAAUAUGUUAUGUCCAUUUAAAUAUUAGGAAUUAUUUAUUCAUGCCUGCCACACAUUUCAAAGACAUUGAUUGGAAAGAAGAGUAGAGUAGUUAGUACUUUGAUGGGAAAAUCCAACUGACACACCUGAGUUGUGUAUACAUGUAGUUGGAAAACCAGCAGUGGCCCUCAAAGCCUGGAAAAGCCCACCACUGGCUUAGAGCGAUAUUACAAAGUGGUCAAUUUGAAACUGUGAAGAGAGGGAGGACUCUGCAUGCACCGUAAUCCUCCCACUCUCAUAUUAACAAAAGAAAAAACAAUUCUUUUGAAAGCAAGCUAAACCAUGGACUUUUCAUCAGCACUAGAAAUAGCAGCUUAAAUAGACUCAUGGCGUACACUGUAUGCAUUAUGGAGAAUUGUUUUGCCCAUUACAUAAUGUGAAGGAACCGUCAAGGUUAAUAGAAACAGGCGGAAAAUAUGUUUAUUCUGGAGAUCCCAUAAAAUUAUAGACAAAAGCAAAUGGACAAAGCUGGAGCACAUAGAGAGAGAGUUAUAGGUGACUGUCAUAACAUAGCCUACUAUCAUUUCAUCUUGAAAUGAAGGUAGGCUGAAUGACCUACACUUUAAAUUAAGCUUUUCGUAAUUGAGUGUUUAAGUUAAACUAAAGCUUUGAAUCUGAUUUAUUUGUAAAAAGAUCACACUUAAAUUUGAAGAAUGAAGAAGAGAAUUGCAUAAACUUUGAUUUCCCUGAAUGUUGUUAAUUUUUUCUGCCAACUUACUAUAAACACUUCAAAGGUCAUAAUUUAUCAGUGAAAUGUCGGCCAUAAAUAGAAUAUGGCUUAUUGGCUUAAUAGAAUAUAUGACCAGUAUCUAGUUAAUAGAUAAGUUAAGAGUCUGAAAAUAUGGAUGUCAAUUAAAAAAAAAAGAAUAGGUCGUGAUCAUUAUUCUAACAUACAUACAGUACAUACCUCUAACUAAAAAUAUUGUAAUGACCAAAAAAUUAGCUUAAAACUUUGGUUCUUCAUUGGGUUCGUACUGCCUGACAAUUGUAGCAGCUGGUAAUAUUCAUCUAGUUCAGUUGUUUUAGUCCACAUACAUAGAAUACAUAAUAUCAACAUGUGUUCUUCAUUCAGCCCGUAGUGGUUUUAUCUGCAAAGGCUUGUUAAGCAUCACUGUUACAGUCCUCAAACUAACAUACUCAAGGUCAGCAGGACUUACAUAUACAGUAGUCAAUUUAACAUUGACCUCUAAGGAUAGACAGAUCCUAGCUGGUACUGUAGGACGUUAUAGAGGGAUCCCAGUCAGUUUGGCUGAUCAGACCAAACAAGUCAAUACUUCAUAGGAUAUUGGUUGGUCUUACUGAGAGAACACCGUGUCUUUUUUUGAAAGUGAAUUACUCUCACAUGAAAAAACAGGUGGGAAGGGAGGUGCGAGUGGUCAGUUAAAUUUCAUGGACAGAUACAGUAACAAUGAAUGUGUAUGUACAUCUGACAAAUUACUAGCUAUGAAAACUAUAAUUGUCUUGUGUAAAUUAAUAUCAGUAAACAAAUGGUAAUAGGGGGAAAAUCAUAGUUGACCUGUCAUACUUUACCAUGAACCCUGCAUUUGUCAAAUUAAGUGUUCAAUAGUCAGUGAUAAUGCUCAUGUUUUUGUUCAUUCAGACAAUGCCCUAUGUUAAAAUAAGAUUUUUUGGCAAACUACUACCUGCAGCAAAAUAUAAGUCACAUUAUGUAAAAGCCAUGUCAUGUAUGUAUAGUGAGAAGGCAUGAAAUAUUUGAAAAAUUGGAAACCAAUCCUAAAUUAUUUACUUCCCAAAAUGGACUGUGGUGCAUGGCACUGUACUAUAUGUAUGCAUGUGUAUGGGUUUUCUGUAUGAAGUCUGCGUACCUUUUUUCUUUUAAAUUUUGGUGACUUAUGUUGUUUCGAUGCAUAUUUUGUAACACCAUGUGCUAAAACAACAAAAGAAAAACAAAAAGUCAUAUCUAUUUCAAAACAAAAGCCAGAUGCUAUUUCAUGUGUAACAUAACCUGUAAAUGAUCUUUUCUAUAUUUUUAAGAAAAAAAUAUACUAUAGAAAGAUUUUUAAUAACAGAAUUUUCUUAUUAAAUGUGAAUAAAAAAGGGGAAACGUUUAACACACUAGGAAUGUUACCAGUAUACUAGGUUUUAUUCAUUGCACACUGCAGUGUCAGUGUUUUUUUAUGAUUCACAUUUUCAUAUGGGAAACCGUAGCCACAGUUUUAUUGUUUGUGUGUCUUGACUACUCUAUAACCUGUACUUAAUUUUUGAAAAAAACAUCAUUCAUCAAUUAACCACAAUUUUAAACAAACUUUGGAAACACUUUAGAAAGUCACAGAAUUAUGUUAUUAAGUACAAUUUUUACACUUGUGUCAAUAUUAGCAUAAACUAACUCUACAGUAUAUAAUUGGUGUCCAGUUUCACAUUGCUGCUUUGAAAACUAUUGCUAGCACCACUUUCCACUUAUUAGAGUUAUAGUGUCAAAUACUGCUGGAUUAGGCUACUGUCUAUUAAAAUAUCCACAGGUAAAACCUAUAGAAAUGAGUGUUUCAUAAAGCAUGAACCCAUUAAUAUUCAAAAUGCUCCUAAUCAUAAAUCCUGGAAUGACCAAAAUCACUCAAUAGCUGGUGACGUUUUUGCCCAAACUACCGGUUACUAUUAAUGAUGGGAACUAUAUCCUUUAUAUAUACAGUGUAUAUACAGUAUGACUCAGACACAUAUACACGGUAGGAUUACACCUGUGAAAAAUCAAGUAUACAGUUAGCAAAUAGCUCAGUGUGUGCCAUUGGUGAGCCUGGAUUUUGUGAUGUGGGACUAGUUGGACCCCCUAUGGCUAUCAAUUAGCUAUUUUAGCAUGUAGAAUUCCUAAACUGGACAACUGCUACUUUUUGGUACAUACCUACAGUAUAUCUUAUAGAAAGUCAGUCUAAAACAUCCUUUCCAGUGCACAAGAACCACAGUAUGCUCAUUAGAUCAUGUCAGUUGAGCCACACACAUGCAGUGCUCAAUGGAAUGGCAUUCUUAUUUAAUUCAUCUGGUUUUAGCACAUUGGCCUCAUCUGCAAAAAAGUAGCAAUUUAUGUGUUUCUAUGCUUUGGUCUCCUAAGUUCACAAUAUAACAACUCAUUUACAUACCCAUUAUAGUGAAUAUUCUGAGGAAAACUCCAAACAUCAGCCCAUUAUGAUCAGCUGCUAGCCGAAGCAGGCCUGUGUAUUGCAGGCAUUCAUUCACACAUUUAGCUCAGCUGUUUAAUGUGAUGUUCAUCACUCCAGUGCAUGUUAAAGAGGCUGCCUUUAGGGAUUUGGAGUUUUUUUGUUGUUAUUGUUGUUGUUGUUGUUGUUUUUGGCGUUGGUGGCGUUGCUGUUUUCGAGAGAUUUGUAAAUUGAGAUCAAUAAAGAAACUUUGGAGGGGAAAUUUGAGGAAAAGAAAUUCCCUUCCAAGCUCUAUUAGAAGCAACAUUAUCAAUAUGAUCAAACCAAUUAUACCAAAAGUAAACUCGUGUGUUGUAUAUUACUGUAUUGAUAAAUCUGUACUUAAAACCCAUUCAGAUCCAAAUAUUCAUAAUUUCUUCAGUUCACUGUAACUCAGCCAUGUCAAUCAAAAGCUUAGAACUAUUUAAAAUGCUAUAAGGUUUCAAUGGAUCCUGUAGUGAUUUAGACAGACUAUAUAUUGAUGCAUAACUGUGACACCAUGGCUGAAAUAGCAGAUGGGCUUCAACCAGGAUGUUAUGUAACUUUUCCUCAGAAUUUAUUUUAUCCACGAAAUUAAAUUAUAUAAGUAUAAGGCACGAAAAGUAAAAAAAAGCCAAAUAAACUCAAAGUAGAAAAAAAUACCUUAUACAGGCGUUUUGAAAGUGACUGACAAGUAGUGAUACUUUAAGGUGUACUCUCUAAGUACAUAGAGCCCCGCACAAUUUCAGUUUACAAUAAUUUCCAUUAUAGUAUAUAAUGUAGUACACAUACAGUAUAUACAUACAAUACUACAUGUCUGCAUGUAUGUACUGUAGGAAAUACAUAUAAAUAUAAUAUAUACAUAUAUGAAUAUAUGUCAUAUCAAAUUCAGUGUUGGUAACUUCUGUUUUUGUACAGUAUGUCAACAAAUACAGCCACAAAAUAGGCAGAUCUAAAACUUUGUUUGAUGAUGCUAUAUAUGCUCUAUAUGCCAAUUAACUGUGCUCUGGACGAACACCACUAGCAGCUAACCCACAAUAAGAGUGUGGGAAAGACAGCAGCUGGUGGGUGUGGGUGGCCAGUUAUUGACUUCAACAAAGCUUAAUAAUUAAUAAUUAGCAGACUAUGUUUUAAGGCCAGCCAGCAUAGCAACACAUUCAUAUAUUUUUUCAUAUUUUUUAUUUGAGAUGUGAGUAUUUGCAUUAGACUAAUGUUUAGAUCACAGCUUUACACUGCACAGAUUUACGAGCAAAAUUAGCUUUAACUUCACAAAAUGGCUUUGAAGAUGUGGGUUCAAGUAGCUCAAGUGGCAUAAAGUUUGGUGAUAAAUAAAUAUAUACUAAGACUAUUACAGAUAGAAACAAGCCAUUGUGUCAAUGUCAGUUAUUUUAAUACACCAAAUAAGAGUAGCAACAAGAGAGCAGAUACAGUAAGCUGAGCCCCUGACCGAUCUUAUUAUCCACAUCCAUACAAAUUCCUACAGUAGACUGUCCUGUUGAGCUAGUUUGUCUGCAUUGGUAAUCUUAACAAUGUUUUCUAUAAUCAUAACUUGUCAACAUGUGGACAUUGUUGUCAUUGUUCAGACACAGUAAAAUUACAUAUUCUAACUUAGAAGAAUAUACUAGUGACCGCACUUCAUAUUAUCCCUUCAUUCAGGGAUAAAUGCAAUGCAAUAGGAGCUGUUUAGGCCUCAAUGCUUUGACUAAUUUACUAGUAAUGUGUGCAACAUUGUGGCUUAAAUUGUGCUGUACCACUGUAUGGUAGAAUAUGUUAAAGUAACUCCAAGUGUAACAUUAGUGAGUUCCCCCACUGGGUUUUUAUUCACAAAUAACACAAUACUUUACGUACUUUACUUUCAUAGCGAUGAACCACUUCAUCUGGUACUUUCAGGUCUCCAGUAUGUAACCAAUGGCACUAGUUUGAUUAUUUCCUAAUAGUCAAGUACAAAUACUGCAAUAAUUACGAUGGAAUACUUUAGUAUUUAGUAUGUAGAAUGAGUAUGUGUGAUAUACUUUCAGAAAAAUGUACAGUCCAGAUACACUGUGAAGGCAGGAUUUUGGUUGUUCGUUUAAAUUUCAGGGUAACAUUUUGUUGAUAUUGUAACAAUAUUACAGAGUUACUAUUUUGCUUUUAACAAUGAUUCAACAGUUGAGUUGCACCUGUGUUAUUAAUACAGUAGAAGUGCAUAUUUGAACCCUAAUUAACGUAGCUCUGUGUUUCUGGUCACCUUUUUAACUUACAGUAAUUGUUCACAUUUGCAUUUGGAGAAGAUUUCUUUGCUUGACCCUCUACAUGUGUGAUCCAUACAUUGUUUAGUUUUGUUUUUUGAUAAAACUACGUGUCUUGCGUUUACUGUGGGCAGUUAGAAAAAUGGAAACGAUAGCGUCUCGAAGCUUUUAUACAGCAUGACAUUAGUCGUUUCACAGUGGCUUUCCAUAAUCCCCCAAAUGUUUAACUUCCUGAGCUGAAGCAGACUGGCAGCGGAAGUGGCUGCUGUCGUGUUGUACUGCCGUUGCAGCGUUAAUGCACCAAGGAGCCUUGGCCAGGGAUAUUUUUGGCUCCCACCUUGGUUUAAUCCUGUCAUGAUUCUCCAACGAUUAUUCAUGCUUCCUAUUUUCUCCCUCGACUUCCCCCUUUUUUUUCUCUUUUUACCUUCUAGCUCAUCAUUUUUAACCUACUCAUCCCUCAAACAACUUUCUUUAAAAAAUGAUGAAUGAUGCAUUAUCUUGAUAAAGCAUGCAUAGCCAAAUGCUUGAAAUUGUGUGUUCUUGUCUGCUGAUUAAAUUAUUUUAUUUAUUAUUGUAGGAUAUGUAACACAGCAGCACUUCUCCCUAUAGCGUCCACAUAUAAAUAAAUUAAGAAGUAAAUGAAUAAAAAACAAAUCAGUGUUACUAUUAACACCACUAUCUACUUUUUAAUCAAUGCCUACACUUUCAUCCAAAUUACUUUUCUUCAUAAGCUACUGAAACAGUUUGAAUUCACUGCAGGCUGCUGCGAUAAUUACUUCUACGGAACUCUCUUCUUUGCACUUUUUUAAAGUCUGCCCAAAGAAAAAAAAAAUACUUUUCAUGAUAAUUAGAGUUGAAACAUACUGUAAAUAUAUGUUGCAUUCAAGAGUUACGUCAAAUUCCAUUUCAUUUUCACAAAAGAAACGUCAAAAAUACAAUACAGAAAAGUUGUAUUUAUUAACACUGUGCAAGAUUGCAAGAAAGUGAAGGAGUGUACUGCUUAAUUAAAACAUGUUUAAUUGGCUAAUUAUGUGAUGCAUGUCAUAUACUACAUAUACCCAAAUAAGUUUGCACAGACAUUACAAUCACCAGAUAUUAGCACGUCAGUCAAUUUUCCAUUUGUAUCCUCACAUUUUCUUGACAGAUUCCCUCUCCUUCCACAUUAAUAAUGUUUUUCAGCCAAAAUUACCCUUUGUUUGUUUUUGUUUCACAUUCAUUUAAAGGAACAGGCAUGUUUUUCAUCUGAUGCUUUCACUACACAGGGUGUGUGGAAAAAUCAAACAAGCCAGUGUUUUGUUUGUGGAUAAGUCCUGCACUGGUUGUAUGAAUAAUUUUGCUGUGUUGAGACUUUCCGAAAAAUAAUGUAAAGCUAGUUAUCAAGUUUUUCUUUGUUGUUCUUACUUGUUGCUGUGAUGACUGUUUAUGAUGUCAACAUAUCAGUGGUGUUGUCAUUGAGGUGUACUGAUGCAGAACUUUGCAGUGGUGAUCUUGUAAUUUGAGUAGCUAAGUGGCCUUUAGAUGGAGCCCCAAGAAAACCAUUAAACAAAGCUGAGGUUUGCGUACUGUAUACCACAUUUAGUUGUUUGGUGAAGUCAUAUUUUGAGCUGCGAUGAUGCCAAUUUAGUUUAAAGUUUGACCUACAGUCCCUAACCGAUCUCCCCCUAUACACAGAAUCCACACAAAACCAACUGUAACGGUACCCACGGGUCCAGCUAGAAAAAAGAAUUAAUGAAGUAAAAACAAUAUCUGAAUAUGCAAACAUGUUUCUUUUAUUUCUCCUUCCUAAACUAGUGUCACACGUCACUAAUUUCCCUCAACGGACUUACAAAUUGCUAAGUACUGUAUAAUAUUCUCAACAUUUUAAAUUGGAUUUAAUAAAAGUACUCUUUUAAGACAGAGCAACUUGGAAACACCAACUUGAACAUUACAACUGUCUUCUAAAGCUGUUUUAAGAUGUACUACAGCACUGUUGUUGCUGGCAAUGUGCUCCAAAAGCUAGGACUGCAAUGAUUAGUAAACCUGUGCAUGUUUUCAGGAGAAAAAUGCCUGACACUAUAGUGACAGUCUUUUAGCAAAGAAAAUGCCAGGUGUUAGUAGUCCCAUGCAACCUGUGAGGAUGCUCGUUGCCAUAACAGACAACGAAAUGUAAACAGAGUUUAAUGUUUGUAUGUUGUACUAGUAAUAUGAUGAACAUGCUGGACUUUAAGAAAAUUAUAUUGUCAUUUUUGAGUAAGAUGUGCAAAAACAAUUGAAAAAAAAAUUCAUAAGUUUGGCUGUUUAAUUAAAGGUGAAAUUCACAGUGUUAUGAUCUGAUGACAUGCUAUACAGUAACUUGUAGUGGUAGUGUGAUAUUGAAUAUGGUAUUAAUUAUUAUUAUCAUUAAACUAAAGCUUUGCAGUUGCAAUGCAGUUACAUUGCCUUGCGUCUCCUCUUGCGUAUACAUACCGUAAAUCAAUCAGGCAGAUAAAUUUAAGCAAGUAAAUGUUUUUUGCGAUGGGUGGCACUUCUGUCGCAGUUCUAACACGCUUUCCCGUCAAUGUCAACAUCAGCUGUCAGAAAAAAAACCUUCACUGCAGCAGCAAACAGUCUUCCAUAAAUGCAGCUUUUCAGAGUGACUGAGCAGCCAAGUGCAUCAUCUUACUGAAAAUGACAUUUCUUCUGGCACUGGCAGUCAAAACACAAUGCUCUGGAACUAGCCACAGGAUGACUCUGAACACAACUGGAGCCCAAACUUUCAUACUGCAUACGACUGUGCAUUUUUCUCGUAGCGAAAAGCUGAACAUCACCAGUCAGAAUUAGAACCAUGGUGACUUGAAGAUGUACAGGAAUGUCUCAGUUUGAGUUUAGGCAUAUAUUUUGAAUGCUAUGGAAAAUUUUAAAUGUAAACUCUUUUCUACUGCCUGCUAUGUUAUCGCUCUAAAUAGGAUGCAUACGAUCAAUCUUUUUUACUUGAAAAAAAUUUACUUGAUUUUCAUUAAAAACACUUUUGUCUAUGGA